ACAGCAGGGGAGGCGUUAGAGGCGCGCGCGGGCGCCGUGAGGCGCGGGCGCCCGGCGUUGGCCAGCUGGACCUGACCCUAGGGCGGCUUGCGCAGCUGUCGGGACGUGACUACGUUCAGCCGCGUCGGGCGUGCUUCCCAGACUUGCCCAAGUUCGGGUGGCCUAGCUGCCCCUUUGCAGCCGCUGGCCUACCCCGCCCGCGCGUGAGAAGGUUGCGACGGGAGGUGGGUGGAGCUCGCCAGCGCCGGGACCGCGGAUUGGCUGCCUCGGCUUCUUCUUUUCCAUGUGAGCUCCGGCGUGAGGCGCUGAAGCUGCCGGCAGCCGGGAGGCCGCCCUCACCGUCGGCCGGGUUGCGCUUUGCUUUUGCGGUGAGGCGUUGACCACGCCCAUGUGAAUUGGAGCUCUCCGCCAGCAGGAAUUUCCGGAAGGAGUUUGAAUUUUUGUGAUUUUUUUGCUUGUUUGGUCGGUGGAAUAUGUUGGGAUUUAUGUUUGCCUCUGAACAAGUGUUUUGCUCACAUCGUAAAUGACUUUCUCUCCGAAACGCUAAAUAUUCUCUCCCGCAGGAGCUCAUAUCCUUAUUUUCCAUGAUAGAUCUUAACGACAGUAUAUGCAAAAGAUAUAUAAAGAUGAUAACUAAUAUAGUUAUAUUGAGCCUGAUCAUUUGCAUUUCGUUAGCUUUCUGGAUUAUGUCAAUGACUGCAAGCACCUAUUAUGGUAACUUACGGCCUAUUUCUCCUUGGCGUUGGCUGUUUUCUGUUGUUGUUCCUGUUCUGAUCGUCUCUAAUGGCCUUAAAAAGAAAAGCCUAGAUCACAGUGGGGCUCUAGGAGGGCUAGUGGUUGGAUUUAUCCUAACCAUUGCAAAUUUCAGCUUUUUUACCUCUUUGCUGAUGUUUUUCUUGUCUUCUUCGAAACUCACUAAAUGGAAGGGAGAAAUCAAGAAGCGUCUAGAUUCAGAAUAUAAGGAAGGUGGGCAAAGGAAUUGGGUUCAGGUGUUCUGUAAUGGAGCUGUACCCACAGAACUGGCCCUGCUAUACAUGAUAGAAAAUGGCCCCGGGGAAAUCCCAGUCGAUUUUUCCAAGCAGUACUCCGCUUCCUGGAUGUGUUUGUCUCUCUUGGCUGCACUGGCCUGCUCUGCUGGAGAUACAUGGGCUUCAGAAGUUGGCCCAGUUCUGAGUAAAAGUCCUCCAAGACUGAUAACAACCUGGGAGAAAGUUCCAGUUGGUACCAAUGGAGGAGUUACAGUGGUGGGCCUUGUCUCCAGUCUCCUUGGUGGUAGCUUUGUGGGCAUUGCAUACUUCCUCACACAGCUGAUUUUUGUGAAUGAUUUAGACAUUUCUGCCCCCCAGUGGCCAAUUAUUGCAUUUGGUGGUUUAGCUGGAUUACUAGGAUCAAUUGUGGACUCAUACUUAGGGGCUACAAUGCAGUAUACUGGGUUGGAUGAAAGCACUGGCAUGGUGGUCAACAGCCCAACAAAUGAGGCAAAGCACAUAGCAGGGAAACCCAUUCUUGAUAACAACGCAGUGAAUCUGUUUUCUUCUGUUCUUAUUGCCCUCUUGCUCCCAACUGCUGCUUGGGGUUUUUGGCCCAGGGGGUGAACUUUAUUUCAUUUCCACAGGUUGAAACUGGUGAGUCCAGCUAAAUUUGCAAUUCCAACUUUCAUCCUAAGAAUAAUAACUGUAAUGGCAAAGCAGAAAUGCCAGUUCCUCCUAUAUUCCAUUGUAAUGGGAUUUCACAUUUUCCUCUCAUCAACUCCCUUGUAACAGCUAGCAUCUUUCUAGUGAAAGAGAAGAAUUCCUAGAACUUAUGCAUUUUUUUUCCUGCUGAAUGGAAGUCUUGAGCAAUGAAGCUAUAUUGUCCCUACAUAUUACUAUAUAUUGAACUGAAAGUUCUUACAUAAUCAAUGUCACGUUUUGUCUUAUUUUGUUUUGUUUGUUUAAACCAAUGUGAGAAAUAAAAGUGAUGAUAUUUAAAAUAGUUCUCAGCUGAAGCAGAGAAAUGCCACUGUGCUAGUUGCCCAAAUGUUGUGUCUAUUUUAAAUAGUUUAAGCUGAUGUGUAUGGGAGCCUAACUAAGUGUAGUAUCCUGAACUUCUCCCAUUAAUUGCUAUUCACAAUUGGGAAAAGUGAGGAGAUUGCUUCCUAGUGAGUUUUGUGGCCUACUCCACAUUUGUUCUUCCUUCCUCAGGGUUAGUGAUGAAAAAAAGUAAAUAUCUUUUUCAUAUGUCCAUUAGAAUGUAUGAAAAAAAUCAUUUUAACUAAAAGCAAAAGAACUUUGUCUUAUAUCUAAAAAAUGUAUACCUUACUAUAUGUUUUCGUUGCUCUCUGAACAAAAAUCAUCUUCAAUUUAAUAUGUGGAAUGUGUUUUCUAGCUUUCUUUGAAUUAUGUAUGGCAACCUGGUUUAGCAUUGGCAUCCUGAACAGUUAAGAGUCACUGGGAAAUUAUUGUAUUUCUUUAUAAAUUUACUAUCCUGUCAA